AUGCAUUUUUCGAACGAUUCAAUUCUAUCUGCAAAUAAAUCACCGUCAUCAUGGAUGCCUCCAACACAAAGUGCGCAUAUUUUUGGUGCAAUAUUUAUUGGAUGUGGUGUAGCAGCGCUAAUUUUCAAUGCUGCCAUCAUGAUAACACUUUGUCAUUUAAGGAGAAAUAUACUGUCACGUGUUUUCUAUUUACUUAUCUUUAAUUUUGCUAUCAUUGACCUUCUUAAAAGUACAUGCUCAAUAAUAUGGGCAUUAAAAAUGUUACCCGCGGGUAUUAGUACUUCCAUGUAUUUUAUGAAGGCUGAUCAAUUUGCGUUGAUGAUUUUACGUUUCGCAAAUUUGGCAACAAUUUUGAAUUUGUUAAUACUUACACUUAAUGAAUAUGUUUAUAUUAUUUAUCCAUUUCAUUAUCGCCGUCUUGUUACUAAUACAAGAGUUACACUAUUAAUUGUAACUUGUUGGAUAAUAGCAUGGGGAUUAACAUUAUCCAUUUUAUUUUUUGGUUCACGAAAGCAAUCGAUUUAUGUUAAACCGGAUUGCUUAAUGAAACGAAAACAUUUCAGUCAGCAUGUAAAUAACGAAGCAAUUACAACUACAAUAACAACUAUAGCAAUAACAACAACAAUAACAACAACAACAAAAGCAACAACAACAGCAGUAACAGACAAUAUUUCGUAUUCACUACGUUUACCAUCCUCUUGCUUUAUACGCAAUAGUCAGAUAUCAAAUAAUACCGAAUUUGUUUAUAAUAUCGUUGUUAUUGUAUUUUGUUUUGUAUGUCUAGUUAUAUCAGUUGCAUGCUAUGGUGGAUUAAUUCGUGUCAUUUCAAAAAUUGUCAAAAAUGAUACAUCGAUAGCGAUUGACAAUGAUUGUCAAGCUAAUGAUAGUUUAAAUGGUAAGUAA